UCUCGGAGAUGGAAGGACGAGUUCAGCAUGGAUGCUUUUGAAAGUUAUCUUGAAGCCGAGGGCUGCCACUUGACAGAGGGCCGUCCAAUUGGAUGACAAGCUGUGUGAUGUCACAGCUUUAGCUCCCGUUUGCGGAGCGCUUUACGCUCACUGAAGCUAUUCGCCAGAUGGAAGAAUCGCUGAAUGGACGCACGGGCACAGCGCAGCAGAGCGCCGGUGCGCACCAGAGACGGACUAGCCGAAGUUCCGAGAGCAAGAGCGGCGUCCUGAAUGAACUCGACUACUCGCCAUAAAGAGCAUCGCUCGCCAUGGGGGAUGGUUCACCGCCUGUGACCUACAGCAAUGACUCGAACCGCGGGACACAGGACCCGAACUCCCCGGAGACUCCUUUGUCGGAACAAUGGAUGAUUGGCAUGGGAAUGAUCAUGGGUACCAUUGUGUUGAUGAUUGUCCUGGGUAAUAUUUUAGUCAUCGUAGCCAUCGCCAAGAACCAGAGACUUCAGACGCUGACCAACGUGUUUAUAGUAUCCCUGGCUUGCGCGGACCUGAUUAUGGGGAUGCUUGUGGUCCCUUUUGGCGCUGCGCUGGAAGUGAAGGGUGUGUGGCUGUACGGGUCUUUCUUCUGUGAGUUUUGGAUAUCCGUGGACGUUCUCUGUGUCACUGCCAGUAUUGAGACUCUGUGCGUAAUUGCCAUAGACAGGUACAUCGCCAUCACCUCUCCGUUCCGGUACCAGAGCCUGCUCACCAAAAACAGGGCAAAGGUGGUGGUGUGUGGCGUGUGGGCUAUCUCCGCUCUGGUGUCUUUCCCUCCCAUUUUAAUGCACUGGUCGCGGGACAACGAGGAGACGGCGUGCUACGACAAUCCACAGUGUUGUGAUUUUGUCACCAACCGGGCGUACGCUAUCGCCUCAUCCAUCAUAUCGUUUUACAUUCCCUUGGUGGUCAUGAUCUUUGUUUAUGCGCGGGUGUACCGCGAGGCUAAGCUUCAGCUGCAGAAAAUCGACAAGUGCGAGGGGAGGUUUUACAACAACCAGAGCCUGUCUAAGUGCAAGCCCAAUAGGAAAAGACCCCCCAAGAUCCUUGCCAUAAAAGAGCAGAAGGCGCUGAAAACACUUGGCAUCAUCAUGGGUACGUUCACGCUCUGUUGGCUCCCGUUCUUUAUCGUCAACGUCGUGAGGGUGUUCUGCGACGACUUGGUGGACAAGAACCUCUUCGUGUUCCUGAACUGGCUGGGGUACGUGAACUCCGCCUUCAACCCCAUCAUUUACUGCCGGAGCCCGGACUUUAGGAAAGCCUUCAAAAGACUACUGUGCUGUCCGCGCCAGGCGGACCGCAGGUUACAUGUCAGCUCGUGUGACCUUUCGCGCUGUUCAGGGGGAUUAAUGAAUUCUCUGGACCCGAGCAUAGGCGGGACAUGGUCGGACUGCAAUGGCAGCAGCGACUGCAGUUUGGAAAGGAACGGUAAACUGAACCAUUCACAUUCCGAAUCACAAUUGUAGAAAUGUUUCAGAUGUAAUUAUCAUGCUUUGCUGCGUAAAAUGUAAGUUACAGCGUGAAUUCGCCCCAAGCACAACUUAUCAAGACCCACUAACACUUCUUGCUAGACCCAUGCACGGUCACCUGUAGUCCAUGCAAACAUUUCUCUUGGACGAUGGCUCAAUAUCUACAAAAGGACCCUGCUUUAUUGGGGGUCCGCGUAAAGCAGAUUUGCUAAUAUAUUACCGGUGUGUGUGUGUGUGUGUGUGUGUGUGUGUGUGUGUGUGAGAGAGAGAGAGAGAGAGAGAGAGAGAGAGAGAGAGAGAGAGAGAGAGAGAGAGAGAGAGAGAGAGAGAGAGAGCGCGUUUCAGGAACCAGAUGUUCUAUCUUUUUUCUUUUCUUUUUUUAAAGAGUGAAGGGCCUGACUUCGCCCAUGAUUUACACAACUCCUCGGAGUUCCACACCCUGUAAAUAGUCUAAGUAUCGAUGAAUGUACAAUUGUUGUUUUACCUCAUUACCUAUGUGCAAAUUGUACGAAAGAGAAUUGUUUAUAUUAAACAAUUAGUUUGUACAGUAUUUAUUUGCUAUACACUACAAUUCCGGAGACUGACACUGUAGGCUAUAGGAGGUGGGAAAGUGUGAAAUUGUUGCCAUAGUUGAAUGAAUGACGGGAGGCUUUAACGAGCUUAAAAUGUUGAACGUCAUUUUAUUUUUAAUCUAUUUAUUGUCUUGUAAGGCCUACCAUUUAGUUGAUAACCCCCACUUCUUAAGUGUAUUUUUGAGCAAACGAAUGCACAAAAGGUGCCAUUUGGAGCCUCAUAGCCUAUUUCAUCUCCUGACGCUUUUUGUUGUCCCCAGCCCGUGUCUUUCUCGGCCGGUGUGGUAUUUGGUGUAGCAGCUACUCAUGCCUUGUGAAUCAUUGUAUCAAGGUCGCCGUCUGGACGAGUGUGCAAUAAAGUGUCAUUGUGAACCCGCACCGUUUUUUAAUGAAUUGUAUUGUAUUGUAAAGAGCACUUUGCAGAGGUUCCAAUUACAGUGAUGACAACAGCAGUGAUUAAAUUGAUUGUGCU